GUCAGUGAUCAGUUUGUGAAUUCAGAAAAACAUUUAAUAUGUCGGUAUAAAAUCGAAGUGCUUCGCAAUUUAAUUUUUAACUUGUAAGGAUCCAAAGGAAAUGGCAUCUGCCCGUAUUUUAUUGCGGACUUUUUGGAUAUUUUUUUAUGUUGUGUAUAAUGUGUGUGCUACAAACAAUACAGCGGAGCCAUGGAUAGAGUCUUUUAGAAUAGGCGCAAAAUCGUGUACGGAUUAUAAAUGUAAAUAUUUAUUAUUGGUGCAUGGUGGCGAGUUUCUUGGUCAUAAACCCUGGAGAUUAACCCCCAACGAAGGUUCUAGAGGUGGUAAUUGCGAAAAAAUAUAUUCAAGUUACGAACUUCGGGAAAUUAAAACUCUUGCGUGGUAUUCAGAAAUAGAAGUGCUUGUGCCUCGAAAAAAUGAAAAGAUCUACUUUUGUCUUCGAUAUAGCGACGGAAAAAAUAAUCCGUUUGGUGAGAAAUGGAUUCAUCAAGGCAAAGAAUUAUUUUUAAAUCCCGAGAGCCAUGAGAUCCUUUUAGAAACUACAAAAUUAAACGUCCUUCCCGAGUCCAACGACAUACCAACUUAUAAUCAAGAAACAAAAGCGAUUGAUCUAACCCACGAUACAGAUGUCAACUAUCUUCAAAACAUCGCAAAUCUCUCUCAAGAAGAGAGAAGAGAUAUUGAAAUACGUUCAAGGGAUAGAUAUAUACCAUUAGAUGAAAGUAAUGACAAUGAUGAAAAUAGUACCAAAAAGCCUAAUGAACAAAAUGUAGUGAGUGAAGUUAGGUUAAACAAAAUUAAAGAGAAUUUAAAUAAAAUCGAAAAUGAAUUUCAUAAUUUUAAUAGAGGCGAUAGAAAAACACGCGAUACUUUUUAUAAAAUAGAUACUAAUGAUGAAAUUGAUAAUAGACAAGAAUCAAUAGAUGAUAAGAGAGUUAAAAGACAAAUAAUGUCGCAAAUGGCUGAUUUCUCGUCUGUAAAGAGAGUGGAGCCGAUGGUAUUUUUGGAUGGUAUACGUGUGGAGGAGGCUGAGAAGGAUCCGAAGAUUUUGGAUGAUGGAGUGCCGAGUGUGCUGGCUGAAACAAAGGUGACUUUGCGGCUCUUCGGCCAAGGCCUAACGUCCAGAACGGUAAUUGCUUUCACGCAUGAUGCCCUAGAGUAUGGACAGCCGUGUAAAUUUCUUCUCAAAGGAGAGUACGUGGCAAAGGAAGACUCUGUUACACCGACAUCAGCGCUCUUUGAAUUUUGGGCUCCAUCACCAAUUAUAAGCUCGAAACUCUACAUCUGCACCAAAAACCUGAAACCGGGCAUCCUACCGUCAGAAGACGAAGAGAAAUACCUACAUCAGGGCACAGAGGGUUGGAAGAUUUUGGCCACACAUAAUAAGCUGAUGCCGCUAUGGGUAGCUUUGAUAUUAAUUCUAUCCUGUCUAACGUUUUCGGCGCUAUUUUCUGGUCUGAAUUUGGGCCUGAUGUCACUGGAUCGGACAGAGUUGAAGAUAAUUUCUAAUACAGGUACGGAUCAGGAAAGAAAGUACGCGCGUGCUAUAAUGCCAGUACGGGAUCACGGAAACUAUCUCCUAUGCAGUAUUCUACUGGGGAACGUGGCUGUCAAUUCUACAUUCACGAUAUUAUUAGACGAGUUGACCUCUGGAUUGUUCGCGGUGAUAUUUUCGACAUUGUCGAUCGUUUUGCUUGGUGAGAUAACGCCACAAGCCAUAUGCUCCCGACAUGGGCUCAUGAUUGGUGCACGAAGUAUCAUGGUCACUAAGGCGGUUAUGGCGCUAACGGCUCCCCUGGCAUUCCCCGUCAGUAAACUACUGGAUUAUUUCCUUGGUGAAGAAAUUGGUAGUGUUUAUAAUAGAGAGAGAUUGAAGGAGCUUGUCAAGGUAACAACUGAUGUCAACGACUUGGACAAAGAUGAGGUGAAUAUUAUAUCUGGUGCACUGGAGUUACGAAAGAAGACCGUGUCGAGUGUGAUGACGAAAAUGGAGGAUGUCUUCAUGCUGCCCAUCACCUCCAUAUUGGACUUCGAAACUAUGUCCGAAAUUAUUAAGUCUGGCUACUCCCGAAUCCCAGUAUAUGAGGGCCACCGAGGUAACAUAGUGACGGUGCUCUUCAUCAAGGACCUGGCAUUCGUGGAUCCAGACGAUAACACGCCGUUACGGACCCUCUGCCAAUACUACCAGAACCCAUGCAAUUUCGUCUUCGAAGACGUCACCCUGGAUAUAAUGUUCAAGCAGUUUAAGGAUGGACACAAAGGCCACAUGGCGUUUGUACAUCGGAUUAAUAAUGAAGGAGAGGGUGAUCCGUUUUAUGAGACCAUAGGUUUGGUUACACUCGAGGAUGUUAUAGAAGAGAUGAUACAGUCUGAAAUUGUUGACGAGACAGAUGUGUUUUUGGACAAUCGAACAAAGCGACGUAGAAACAAACCCCAGCACAAGUUGCAGGACUUCGCUGCGUUCGCGGAGAGACACGAUCAUAGAAGGAUACAUAUAUCACCACAGCUUACCUUGGCCACCUUCCAGUUCCUCAGCACUAGUGUGGACGCAUUCCGACCUGAUACAGUCUCUGAAACGGUUUUAAGAAGACUUCUGAAGCAAGAUGUGAUACAGCAUAUCAAAGUGAAAGGCAAGACAAAGAAAGAUUCGUCGACAUAUGUCUUUCAACAAGGGAAACCGGUGGAUUACUUCGUGUUGAUCCUGGAAGGUCGUGUGGAGGUGACAGUGGGACGUGAGAACUUGGUGUUUGAAGCUGGUCCCUUCACCUACUUCGGGGUUCAGGCGCUUACGCAGAAUGUUGGAGUCGCGGAAUCCCCGACGCCAUCAGCCAUGGGCUCGCUUCAGAAUAUAAAUAUGGACUCCAUGCUGCGUCACACCUUCGUCCCAGAUUACUCCGUUCGCGCUAUCACGGAGUUGUAUUACCUCACUGUUAAACGGAGUCUCUAUCUGGCAGCUAAACGCGCUACCCUCAUGGAAAAAGGUGCUUUAUCCAAGGGCGCAACCAAUGAACAAUUUGAUACAGAAGUUGAUAAAUUGCUGCAGUCUGUGGAUGAAGAUAUUAGUAUCAGUGGUGAACACAGAACUCCGUCUAGACAGAUAUCACCAAAUCCGCCUAACCAUGGCCGAUCAUCAUUUAGCCGUUCAUCACCAGAGCGAAAUGGUGAUGUAUUCGCAGCGAGAGAUGAACAAGAGAAAUUACUUAAAUAAAUUUAGUUUUUUUUUUUAGUUUUUGGAAGCGCUGAAAUAUUUUACGAGGCUGUAUUACCAGCGGCCAUUUUGAAUUAUUCUUCUAGAACAAUAUAGCUUUUUUAGACAGUGCGUACUUAUAUCUAGAAACUCGUAUUGAAAAACUGUGAUCUUUACAGAAAUAUAUAUGUACAAAUUGUCCGUACUUAAUACAUAAAUAGAUUUUAGUAAAGUAUAUAUCCAAUAAUAUAGGAUAUUUUCGCAUCACACUUAAUAACAGGCUUAUAAUGCACUCACAGCCUUUCUAUACUCGAUCUAUAAUCUAAGAUUAUUUCUAAUCCAGAUUUUCGCAAAUUUAGAUUGAUGUCAAAAUUCCAUAUGUCGAAUUUAAUUAUAUUAUACAAAAACUAUCCAUCGAUCGAUUGCAAAAGUAUUUUAUGAUAAUUGGAUUGAAAUAUCAAUCCCUAGUAGUAAAAAUUGAAUUGGGGCUAAGUAUAGAAAGCGACAUUUAAAGAACAUUAAUGAUGUCGUCGACAUAACCAAAAUUUCGAUAGUAAUUUUAUAUUAUAUAUUAAAGAGUCGCAAGCUUGCUGAUUAUGUAACUUUAGUAAAUAAUUUUUUUAGGUACCUGUAAGUAAUAAAAUUCUCGUUUAAUAAUCAUAAAAAUAUCGUGUCUGGUAUCAAGAAUAUGUACCAAAACUCCAGUGAACCAGUAAAGUCGAGCUAAAAUAAUAUGAAACUAAAUAUUAUACAAAUAACAGAAACCCUUUUCCUGUCCAUUAAUCUUUUCUAAGUAUAUUUUUAAAUCACAGUAAAUACAUUUCACAAAUAGCUAUCUCCAGCGAAGAGUUGAUAACUAUUAAGCUGCGAGACUUACCGUAGAAUUGGAUAUUGUGGACGCUGGACAGUUCUAGUCGAAUGCACAGGAAAAAGGUUUCCGGCAGCGGUGAUAAUUGUGGUGAACAGACUUCUUAAUCUCUUGCAUCAAGUAUACGUUUUCCGUUUCGUCUUAUACCAAAUUUAAUGGAAGCUAAAGCCAACAAAGUUGUAGUGAAUUAGGAAGAAAAUAUUUUUGACGACUUCGAUUUCACUUAAGGGUUCAAAUGUCAGUGACUCGAAUAUGAAAAUCAAUUGAAAUUAUAAUUAUUGACAAUUCCUUCAAUACACUCACUAGAGAUGGGUUAUACUGCGUAUUUAGCUCGCUAAUUCAUUCCUACGCUGUCACUCACCAAUGGCGUAUAGUUCCUGUCAUUUCACGUCAUUUACGUGUCAACUGUCGUAACUUAUCUAUGUUACCUGUCAUCUGUCAAGAAGUCUGACGUAGUUUUGAGUCAGCGUACUUUGCGCUCUAGAAGCUAUCUGAAUUAUCCAAGAAUUGACGCAACUCACAACGAUAAGGUGUCAAUUGUCUGAAAUUAUUAGUCAAUGUCAACUGUCAUCUGUCAAGAAGUCUGACGUAGUUUUGAGUCAGCGUACUUUGCGCCCUAGAAGCUAACUGAAUUAUCCAAGAAAUUGACGCAACUCACAACGAUAAGGUGUGAAUUGUCUGAAAUUAUUAGUCAAUGUCAACUGUCAUCUGUCAAGAAGUCUGACGUAGUUUUGAGUCAGCGUACUUUGCGCUCUAGAAGCUAUCUGAAUUAUCCAAGAAAUUGACGCAACUCACAACGAUAAGGUGUCAAUUGUCUGAAAUUAUUAGUCAAUGUCAACUGUCAUCUGUCAAGAAGCCUGACGUAGUUUUGAGUCAGCGUACUUUGCGCCCUAGAAGCUAACUGAAUUAUCCAAGAAAUUGUCGCAACUCACAACGAUAAGGUGUCAAUUGUCUGAAAUUAUUAGUCAAUGUUAACUGUCAUCUGUUAAAAAGUCUGACGUAGUUUGAAUCAGCGUACUUUGCGCCGCAGAAGCUAUCUGAAUUAUCCCAAGAAAUUGUCGCAAUUUACGUCAAUAAGAUGACAACUAUCACCUGUCAAGAAGAUUUUCUGGGUCAUGUCCUAUCAGCUGUUCUACAUCAUUUAGGCUGUAUUUCAGGUUAAUAAAGUAAUUUCUAUAUAAUACAGAAAGAUCUAAUGGAAUUUUUACUUAAUUUUUUGGAAUACACCCGGAACUGCAAUGAAGACUACAAUUAUUAAUCCAUUUUUUUAAAACCACAAAUCAUAAAUGAAGUCGUUGCAUAUUAAAAAAAACAAAGUAGUCCAAUUCCAAGAUUUUGCUGAUAUAACCUACAAGUUCACUGGGUGUUGGGACAAAUCUCUAGCUGUAUACAUAUGUUUUUUACUAUAGUUUGCACUUUUAAUAAGCGUAUCAAUGUAAGAUUGAUUUAUUCACCGCAUAAUAAGGCUUUUAAUUUGUAAGAUUUGCCAAUACCUAAGACGAAGCAUCUGUAGUAGAAGAUUGCGGGCAAAUGCAAAAUAUUUAUUUAUUUACAGAAAUACAUACCGUACAGACUAUGCGAAUACGAUAAUAUCGAUAAACACAUACAAAACUUUAAAAAGCUUAGGGAAAAGUGACUUAAUAGUAUUUACUCGUGGUAAGCUAGAGAUACAUUUAGUCGCGAGAUACCUAUUUGGUAUAACGAUUAGAGAUGUUGCCAUAUGACAAAAUUGAAGAAAAAAAAAACUGUUGCAAUUUGAGGCCAAAAACCCUUAUAGCGUAGUGUUCCUGAAUUAAUCAACAUUUUUAAUUGAUGAAAACUCCCAUAGAUAAUAAUGUAUGUGUAAAUGAUAGAUUGCCUUCCAAUCUUUCAUACAGCAUCACGCCAUAAGUCUUUUAAAAAAACACCUGUGUGUACUUAUGUAUACGCGUUGGAAGUUAUACUUCUUUGGCGUAACACGAUAAAAAUCUUUUCAAAAUCUAUAUCUUUAACUUUUAUUUAAU